ACUAAAACUCACCCGGUAAAAGACCUCCUAUCACUAAUACAGCGAUUUUUUUUGUUAUUUGUUUUUAUUUGUUGUUAAAUCAUCAACAUAACCUUUGAUGUGUGUUAUUAUCAAAUGAAAAUUAUUUAUAUUUAUUUAUUUAUAUUAAAUUAAUUGGCUGUGUAAAAAUGGGUGAAUCUGAUGAAGAAGAUUACGUGAGUUUUGGUUGUGCAUUAGAUCCACUGGACGAAGAUAAUUUGCCAAGAAAAAAACCAAUAACAAUUGAAGAACAAGUUGCAACAGAUGCUCAGGGUAGACGUAGAUUUCAUGGUGCAUUUACUGGUGGUUUUUCAGCUGGAUAUUUUAAUAGUGUUGGUACACGUGAUGGCUGGAGACCACAACAAUUUAAAUCAUCAAGAAGUAGUAAAGCAAAUAAUGUUGGUCAACGUCCAGAAGAUUUUAUGGAUGAAGAAGACACUGGUGAAUUUGGAAUAGCACCAUCAGGUAUACGUGCAACAAAUGAUUUUACUGAUCAUAGUAAAGGCACCAAACGUCAAAGAUCAACAACAAAUAAUGAUGGACCAAUUCCUGGUGUACCAGUAUUACAAGAUUUAUUAAAACCAAUAACUGAUACAGUUGGAGUUGUGUUAUUAAAAAAAAUGGGCUGGAAACCUGGACAAGGAGUUGGACCAAGAGUUACCAAAAUUCAAAAACAAAAAACACGUAAAAGAAAUGAAAAAAAAAAAAUAUAUGGUUGUUCAUUGCCUAAUCAAGAAGUUGAAACAACAAAAAGUUGUACAGAAAGUUCUGAAGAUGAUGAAGAUGAUGAUGAUGAUGGAGAAGAAAUUUUAUUUGCACCAGAUGAUUAUGAGCCUUUUCGAAGUAAUCCAAAAGAUAAUUUUUUUGGAAUUGGUUACAGUGGAUUAGAUAGACGCUCAGUACUUGGUCAUAUAAAUUUAUUUGGUGAUACGACAUUUAAAAUGCAAGAUAAAAAUAAAAAGUUAUCAAUACGAGGACAGGCAUUUGGUGUGGGUGCAUUUGAAGCUGAUGAUGAGGAUAUUUAUGCACGUGAAGAUAUGUCAAAUUAUGAUUUUACAUUGGGUCCAGCUGAGGCUAAAAAAAAGCUACAAAAAAGUAUUAAUUCUGGUGCUAAAUGUUUAGAAGGUUUUGUUUCUGCUAAAAAUUCAUUAGUUCAAAAAAAAUUAUUUAAGCCACCAGAAUUACCAAGAGAUUAUAAACCAAUUCAUGUUGUUAGACAGAGUAGAUUUUCACCUCAAAAAGUACCAGAAAAUAUUGAUGAUAAUCACAAACGUAAAGGUCUUGGUCGACAUGAUUUAAAUGCUGAAACAAGAUCAGCAAUUCUUGGUGAAUCAUCUAGGUCAUCACCGGUUGUUAAUAUCAUAACAAAAACAUUAAAUCUUUAUGGUAAAGAAAAAACAGAAGAACGAGCAAAACAAGAAUCAGCAAAAUUAAAAUCAUCAACAUCUUGGAUGGAUAAAUUAAAAACAACAAGAUUUGUUCGUGCAGGUGCUGAAGGAAACAAUGAUGAAGAAAAUAAAAAUCGUGUUCAAAUGACAAAGCCAUUUUCCGAUGAAGCAAAACAGAAACGUUUUGAAAAAUUUCAAGAAUUUAAUGCAGAAGAAAGACGAGAAAAACUUGAAAAAUUACAGCCAUUAUCAAUGACAGAUUGGGAGAGAAAUCAAGAGCUUCAAGACUUUGAUUUAGCAUUAAAAUUAUCUUGUAAAAAUAAUAAUGAUUCUGGACCAGUUGACAAUGAUGAUAAAUUAUCAAAAAUUGUAAUUGAUGAAGCACCAAAAGAUCCAAUGAUUGAAGCAGCAAAAUCAAAAAUGUUUGGUAAAUUAACACGAAGUCUUGAAGAAUGGCAACCAACGAGUAUUGUUUGUAAACGUUUUAAUAUACCAGAACCAAUGACUGGUUGUGCACCACAAGAUGUCAAGACAAAUAAAAGGUAUUCAGUAUUUGAUUCACUUACUUUUAUAACUGAUGAUAAAUUUAAAAAGGCAACUGAUACUUCUGGUAGCUAUGAAUUGCCAAAUAUACCCUACAAAUCAUCAAAUAAAAAUAUAAAUAACUCAAUGAAUAUACUUGACACAACUGACAUUGUUGCAAGUACAAGUAAUGAUAAUAAAAAAAUUAAUAACUUUGAAAAAUCAUAUGAAAAAGUAUUUGGUAGUUUAACAAAUGAUAAUCAAGAUAAUUCAAGUAAAGUUCAUGAAACAGCAACGAGUUCAUCUUCAGUUUCAUUAAAAGAUAAAAAUAAUGAGAAAAAAGAUUUAUUUAAAGCUAUUUUUUUAAGUAGCAGUGAUGAAGAUUCAGACAAGAAUGAUGGUGAUGAUGAUGAUGAUAAUGAUGUUACUAGUGAUGCAAUAAAAAAUGUGUUAAUUGGUAAACCUGCAAAUGUUGUUAACAUUGAAAGAAAUAAUUCACCACCUCGUGGUAUAUUUGCAAAAUUAGAUCUUGAUAAUUUAUUAAAACCAGAUAAAAAUUUAAUUAAAGCUAAUGAUAAUACUGACAGCUCAAAUGAUCAAUUAAAUUUACAAAAUAAUGAUCAAAUUGACAUUGACAUGUAUGGUCCAGUAUUGCCAAAAAAAUUACCAGAAAUAGUUUAUGUAAAUAUUGAAAAGCAAGAUAAAGAAAAAUAUAAAAAUCUCUUAACAAAAUUAAAUAAUUCAAUUGAAUGGGUUGAAAAAACAAAAGAUAGUAAAAAAAUUAAAAAAGAUAAAAAAAAACAUAAACAUAAGGAUAAAAAACAUAAACAUAAAUCGAAAAAAAGUAAAAAAUAAAUUAUUCAUUUGUUUAUAUAUAUAUAAUUUUAAAAUAAAAAACAAUUUUUUCAUUAAUAAA